CAAUCCAAAUAUUUGACCAGCCCAACACAAAAAAUAGUGAAACAAUUUUGAACAUUUUCAUACUCAGCAAUUAAAAUGUAUAACUUUAGCAAUUGCAAGUCAGUCCACUCACAACUUUACUGCUACAUUUGGUACAAAACUAUGAUACAACACAGAAAAAGAAAACGACGAUGACAACAGACAACUAAUCACAAAAUUAGCAAUGGCGAACCCAAUCAAAGUACACAAAUCACGGCUCUUGUCGCAACCAAUAGUUAAGGAAUAAGGAUUUGACAAGAACUAAGUAAGAACCAUAGGAUCUGAUGUCCAUUGCAUUAAGCUACAGAUCACCAUGUUCUUCACCAUUGACUUGGGUCGGAUGGCCACUUUUUCACUUUAGCCUGGCCCACGUGUGCCUGCCACUUGUAGAAAUUGUGGGGUUUUUUUCUGGGAAAAAAGACUGGCAUUGGCAUAUAUGCCCAUUUUUUUCUUGGAGUUGAAAGAUAAUCCAUUGAGGCUUUGCCACUUUGGCCACUUAGCAUUGAUGAUGGGAAAUGGAACAGAAACAGAGGAGCUGGAUUCAGUUGAGAAAAGAAGAACAAAUAAAGUGGUUCCUUCUUUAAAAAGUUCAACUUUUGAACAAAGAAAGGCCGAAUCACGAGACGCCCCUGAAAUAUCUGCCCUUUUUCAUUGUCUUUCUACUGCCAAACGACCUAAUCCUCCUCCUUAUCAUUAUACACAACCGUGAAAAUCAGACCCUUUUUUUCUUCUACCAGCAUAUUUUCCUGUUUUUCUUUCUUCCUUCUCCCCCGCGGUUCUAUUACCUGAAGCCAUGAAAACCCGAGUUCUAUCUUUGCUUUUGGCUUUUUAUCUGAUAUAUUCUCGGUCUUUUCAUGAACAUUUGCCUAACUAUAGAAAAGGUACAAAUGCUUGACGCGGAAAACUGUUCUGUGUUUUUUUCUGCGAAAGUUUUCUUUUGGGUCUUCGUCCUUUUCAUCAUUGAUUCAUAAAUUCAUGAAAACCCAUAUCGAGUUAUCAUUCUUCCUUAGAACCCAUGUUUUUGAAUCAGUUCAUGCACUUCUUAAAAUCAAUUCAUACUUUCAGAAGGAAAAUUCCUUACGAUUGCUUGCUUUGACAUAAAAAGAAGCCUCCUGUUUGGUAUAAACAAAGUCCAUUUCACGUAAAGAAUCUUCAUGGCGACCUCAUGUUUUGGUUCACUUUGCAUUCGGAAAUCAAAGAGCAAGCCCUUAUCAACCCCUUCUUCAUUGAAAUCCCAGAUGAAUUCUGAAAUGGAAAAUAUGGAGAGGAGGAGAUUUGAUAGUUUGGAAUCGUGGUCCAUGAUCCUAGAGUCUGAAAAUGUGGAAACUUGGGAGACAUCAAAGGAGGAUCAGGAGGAGUGGACAGCUGAUCUAUCUCAACUCUUCAUCGGUAACAAAUUUGCAUCCGGUGCUCACAGUAGAAUUUACCGUGGAAUUUACAAGCAGAGAGCCGUGGCUGUGAAGAUGGUGAGAAUUCCAAACCAAAAGGAGGAGACAAGAGCCAAACUUGAGCAACAGUUCAAGUCUGAAGUUGCUCUGCUUUCUCGUCUCUUUCAUCCCAACAUAGUUCAGUUCAUUGCAGCCUGUAAAAAGCCGCCUGUAUAUUGCAUAAUCACAGAGUAUAUGUCACAAGGAACCCUGAGGAUGUAUCUCAACAAAAAAGAGCCAUAUUCACUCUCAACAGAAACAAUAUUGAGGUUAGCCCUUGACAUAUCAAGAGGAAUGGAAUAUCUUCAUUCUCAAGGAGUAAUCCACAGAGACCUCAAAUCAAAUAACUUGCUUCUAAACGAUGAAAUGAGAGUAAAAGUGGCGGAUUUCGGAACCUCCUGCCUCGAAACACAGUGCCGAGAAUCAAAAGGGAACAUGGGAACUUACCGAUGGAUGGCGCCGGAGAUGAUCAAGGAGAAACCCUACACUCGGAAAGUUGAUGUCUACAGCUUCGGAAUUGUGCUGUGGGAGCUCACCACGGCUCUGCUUCCCUUUCAGGGGAUGACCCCCGUGCAGGCUGCCUUUGCCGUCGCCGAGAAGAAUGAGAGGCCGCCAUUGCCGGCGAGUUGUCAGCCGGCGUUAGCCCACCUGAUUAAGCGGUGUUGGGCGGCAAAUCCGUCGAAGCGGCCGGAUUUCAGCGACAUUGUGGUGGCCUUGGAGAAGUACGACGAAUGUGUGAAAGAAGGCCUUCCUCUUUCACACCACAGAAAAUUGGUAAGCCGAAACGCCAUUAUUGAACGCUUGAAAGCCUGCGCCUCCACCAGCUCCUCCAUACCUGUACAUGCCUGAGCCUGAUCCGCCAUAGCCCCCUCCAUAAUUCAAAAGGUAUCAUUUUGGUGCAUUUUAACCAACAAAAAAAAAGGAUGAUGAUCAAAUACUUUGUAAACUGACAGGGCCCGCCGGCUCCGUUUACGGUAACUGGGCCCGGCCGUGGAUUCUUGGUCCACAUAUGGAUCAUGCAACGUAGGGCCCAACUUUGUUAGCCCAGCCCACUUCAGUGCUCACUAAUUAUUACUCAAAUCUCGGUUUAAAUUAUA